UAUUUUGAAAAUCAAUUAAAACUGACUAUCACGUCAGCAGUCAAAGAUUCAUAGAAAAAAUACCGGUCUCCCUUUUCAUGGCUUAUUACAUUUAUCACAUUCAUUUUAAUUGGAGGGAAGCUCUGGAGUCCCACAAACAAAUAACACAUGCAAACAAGAUUCACUCAAGCAACAUCCCCCGGAAAGAUGCAAAAGUGGUCCUCCCCUCCAUCAAUCCACACUUUCAAAAGCAGGCUCUGAUCCAUAUUUCAAACCACAUUGAGUCUCCACAGCAGCCGUGUGUGAAGAGGUGGAGGUGGAGGUGAAGUAUGAAUAUGUUUGAGGCUGUGUUGCUGUCUGUAUGCUGUCUCGUGGUGCAGUUAGUUGAGGGGAAACUUGAUUAUAUUUCCCACGGACAGGGGAUGCAACUGCAGGGUGAUGUCUUCCUCACUGGACUCUUUCCUCUCCAUUAUGCACUUGAGUCAACAGGUAGUUUGCCGGCUUUGGGUCGAUGCAAUGAAGGUACACCCAACCAACAUGGAUUUCACCUGUUGCAAGCUAUGAGAUUUGCUGUUGAACAAAUCAACAACAGCACUGGGCCACAGUCUAUUUUACCAGGAGUGAAGCUUGGCUAUCAGAUGUAUGACAGCUGCUCAGAAUCGGCCAGUAUCCUGGCUGCACUGGAUGUGCUGGAACAUUGGAGCGUCUUUACAUCUGGGACAGACCCAAACUACAACAACAGUCAAAGGGCAGUCGCUGUGAUUGGGCCAGACAGCAGCAGCAAAGCUUUCACUCCCGCUGCUUUACUGGGGGCCUAUCUCAUACCACAAAUCUCUUAUGAAGCAUCAAAUGAAAUGUUGAGCAACAAGUUUCUCUAUCCAGCCUUUCUCCGUACAAUUCCCAGUGACAAAAACCAGGUGGCAGCUAUGAUCCAGCUUCUGAUCCGUUUCAACUGGACCUGGAUUGCUCUCAUAGGCAGUGACAAUGAAUAUGGCCUGAAGGGAAUGCAGAGCUUGUCUGACCAAGCGCCAGGCCACGAUAUCUGCAUCGCUUACCAAGGGGUCAUCCCCUCGUUAAGAGAAGACACAAUUCCGAUCAUGAGGAACAUUGUGGAAAACAUACUGAAGACCAAAGUGAAUACCAUUGUGGUCUUCUCCAGCAAGUCAAAACUUUACCGCUUCUUCCCGUUUGUCAUUGAACAAGAGGUGACAAAUAAGGUGUGGAUUGGGACAGAGGACUGGUCAGCCUCCUCUCUUAUAUCAGGGAUACCUGGGAUCCACACCAUCGGAACUGUUCUUGGCGUGUCCAUCAAAUACACCGCCAUACCUGGUUUUGUGGAGUUUGAGAGAAAGGUAUAUGAGGCUUCAAUGCAACACAAUGACACCAAGAAAGUGUCUGAUGUUACCGUGAGCCCAGGCGAUGACUGUAUCCAGAGUACAGACCUGUACACCCUGGCCAGAAUGGAUUUUCCUCUGGAGAAAUAUGACAUCACUUCCUCCUUCAAUGUUUAUAAAGCGGUGUAUGCUGUAGCUCAUGCUCUGCAUCAAGCACUUGGUUGUGAUUCUGGAAAAUGCCAGAGCAGGAGGGUAUAUCCAUGGGAGCUUCUCUCGUGGCUUAAGCAGAUACGAUUCUCUUUGGGCAACACCUCUGUGUACUUUGACAUGAAUGGUGACCCGCCCACAGGAUAUGACAUAAUCUGCUGGAUUUGGAGGGGGACGAAAUGGUAUCUAAGAGAUGUGGGCUCCUUCAGCCCAGAUCCCAUUGCACUCACAGUUGAUGAAGAUCAAAUUGAGUGGCAUAGCACAGGAGAUUCAAGAUCAGUGCCUCUGUCCAUCUGCUCCCCACCUUGCCCGAGAGGCCACAGGAAGGUGCUGACAGGACAGCACACAUGCUGCUUCAACUGCCUGCCCUGUCUCCCUUCUACAUUCCUCAAUAUAAGUGACCUCACUACAUGCCAGGCAUGUCUGCCAGAGGAGUGGGCUCCCAAGAGCAGUGAGCAAUGUCUGAAAAGGACCAUCCUGCUGCUCGCCUGGGACAACCCCAUUUCCAUUGCUCUGCUCUUCUUUCUGGCCACCUGUCUUCUCAUGACCUCCAGCUCUGCAGUGAUCUUCCUGCUCAACCUGAACACACCCGUGGCCAAGUCUGCCGGAGGCCGCACCUGCCUCCUGAUGCUGGCUGCCUUGACUACCGCUGCCAUGAGCUCUUUGUGCCAUUUUGGCGAGCCUUCUCCUCUGACCUGCAUCCUCAAGCAGCCUCUAUUCAUCUUCAGCUUCACUGUGUGCCUUGCCUGCAUCACUGUGCGCUCCCUCCAGGUCAUCUGCAUUUUUAAGUUUGCGUCCAGAUUGCCUCCCGUCUAUGAUAGGUGGGCCAAAAAGCGUGGGCCAGAAUGGACGAUUUUCCUUGUGUCUGUCACCAUCUUAUUUGUAUCUGUACUACGUGUGGCUCUCAGUCCUCCUCAGCCGUCCAAGGAUCUUGACUUCUACACAGACAGCAUAGUGUUGGAGUGCAGUAACACUCUCUCACCUGGUUCAGGCCUUGAGCUUGCUUAUGUAUCUCUGCUGAGCAUCCUCUGCUUUGCUUUCAGCUAUAUGGGCAAAGACCUGCCAGCCAACUACAAUGAGGCCAAGUGUGUCACCUUCAGCCUCAUGUUGUAUAUGAUCUCCUGGAUAAGCUUCUUCACUGUCUACCUCAUCAGCAGAGGCCCCUUCACCAUGGCCGCAUACGUGUUUGCCAUACUCGUCAGUGUCCUGGCGUUCCUUGGGGGCUACUUCCUGCCCAAAAUUUUCAUUAUUGUCCUACGACCACAAAUGAACACCGCUGCUCAUUUCCAGAAUUGCAUCCAAAUGUAUACCAUGAGCAAAUAAUAAAGCUUGUCAUUAUUUUUGCUGAUGUAGUUGAAGUUCUAAGAGUUGACGGUCUAGAGUAAUGGGCUCAAUACAGGCUGAGGCUCACUUUUAAACGUAUCUAGCGAUUGUUGAAUGUAUGCAUGCAAAUAAAGUUGUUUUGGA